UAAGUAGCUGGCUACCAGUAGUCAACUUUUCUCUCUUUAAAUAGCCAGUUACUAGUAGUUGACUUUACCGAUCUUUGGUGUUCACCGUUUUAAAGUUGAAUAAGUACUAAAAUUAAUAAGAAAAAUAUAUAUAGAUAAACAAGAGGACUGUUAUAAAUUUUGUCAAAUUCAAAUGUUGUAAAAGAGGACAUCAGUGAAACCACAAUUUUAGAUAGGAAUAUGAUAGAAAGACGAGGAUGUAGAUUAUACAGCGAUGUCGCUCAGGUGAGCGUUGUAACCCCAUAGUAUAUUACACAACGAGUACCCUGUUUUCAGAAAUAGGUAAGACUUUAUCCUGAGUUAUCAGUAUUAUGCAAGUCACGUAAGACAAUUACAAUGGAAUACCAAGCGAGGAGUUUAUUUCAGUCACUUUGGAGCUGAUGAGCAGCACAGAUUGUGAUGGUUCUAAAUAUCAACAUACUCACGCUGUAAAACAAAAUGGCGGUACAUGAGUUGAACUCAACAGAAUAUGCCACUAUGGAAACGGAAUUAGAAAAAGAGUUGCCUUACUCCAUCUGUAGGAAGAAAACUUUGCCAUUCGCAGUGUCUUUCUGCAAACAACCAGAUUUCUGUCAAUCUCUGGAGAUCUUGCUACGACAUGCUUCUGAAAGGCUGGCAUCACCUUUAUUCAUUACUGGCUGUACGAGUGCUGUGAUGGAUGCCUUGGUUAACAGUUUCAAAGAUGCAGAAACCUCUCCUGUUAAAAAACUCAAUGAUGCAGUUGCUUUUAUACUUCCUCCUGACAAAAUAGUUCCUCUAGAAACUCCAGAUGGAUUCAGAAUCUCCAAAUUGAAGCAAUCUCAGGUAGAAAAUGUUCGGAACUCCUGGCAAUAUAAAGAAAUAUAUGACCGAUAUGCAGACUUGAGGUGCUGGAUAAGGUACCAUAUUUCCAAUUUCACAACUGUGUGUAUCGAGACCGAAGAUGGACGUCCUGUUGCCUGGGAGCUUCAACAAGAAUAUGGCGGGAUUGGGAUGUUGUACGUGGAACCUGAGUACAGAAGAGCCAAUCUAGGAAGCGUUGUCACGGGGACGCUUGCUGGAAAACUCGUUAAAGACGAUCAAUUAGUGUUUGCUUUUGUCGGAGAGAACAACGAGACAUCAAUUAAUUUCUACAAGAAAAAUGGUUACGUACUUAUGCCAUUCAAACCUUCAUUUGCAUUCUACAAUUUGUAGCACCGAAAAGCACAUUUUACAUAGAGAAUGUCUACAGAGGACAUAUAUUGAGACCUUAAUAUAGCGAGUAAAGAGAAUUUUAGUCCUAUAUGUAUGUAAUAUAAAAGGGUUGAAUAUAUAUAUACAUGUAUAUAUAGAAGUGAAAUUAAUUAAAUGUGGAUCAUG